AUGACCAACUACGUGAAGGGCGAGGUGGUCGAGGCCAACUUUGGGCCCCUUUUGGGGAGGGGCAUCUUUGCAGUGGAUGGGGAGGAGUGGCGGUGGCAGCGCAAGCUCGCGACGCGCAUCUUCUCCGUGAAGAGCUUCAAGCAGUAUGUCGGGGAGGUCUUCAGCGCCAAGGCAGACCUGCUGCUCCGCCGCCUCGCGGCCGCCUGCCCCAGCAGCGGCGGCGGCGGCGACGCCGGGAUGCUUGGUGUUGCGCCUGGGGAGCCCGUGGACCUUCAUGAUCUGAUGUACCGCUUCACUCUAGACACGUUCUCGCGCAUAGGCUUUGGCACCGACCCCGGCUGCCUCACCACCGCCGGCCGCCUGCCUUUUGCGGUCGCCUUUGACCGCGCCCAGCGCACCACCAACGCGCGCUUCUGGGUGCCCUGCUGGCCCCUGCUGGAGUUCCUGGACGGCCGCGGCCGCCAGCUGCGCCGCGACAUUGCCACAAUCCGCACCUUUGCCGCCGGCAUCAUCGCCGCGCGCCGCGAGCUCAUGCACACACCGCACGCCUGCUGCGGCGCCGCGACCCCGGCCGCGAGCUGCUGCGAUGGGCCCGGAGGUGCGGAGCCGCCGUCGUCGCCGGCCUCGUCGUCCGCAUCAGCGCCAGACAGCUUCGCCCACGGCGACCAGGCGCCGCUUGGCGGCGGCGGUUUUGGCGGCAUCGACACUGCGGAAGCUCUGGGGAAGGGGCCCUCGGUCGGCAGCCAGGUCGAGCAGUGGCAGCAACAGCAGCGGGGCGGGGACGAGGAAGGGGCCGAUGGGCGCCGCCCGGCGCAGGACGAGGCGUCGUCCGACCUGCUGGGCCUCUUCAUGACGGAGGACGGCCCCGACGGCGCCCCCCUGGGUGACGAGGCGCUGGUGGACACGGUGCUGAAUUUCAUCAUCGCCGGCCGCGACACCACCGCGCAGGCCCUGUCCUGGACGCUCCACCACGUCAUGAACCGCCCCGAUGUAGAGUCCAAGAUCCUGUCAGAGGCGGAGGCCGUGCUCGGCCCCACCAGCGCCGACGCGCAGCGGCACGCACGCACGCAGCAGCAGGGCGACCGCUCGGACGCGUACAGCAGCGGCGGCGGUGGGGGCGGCGGCGGCAAGCCGACCUAUGAUCAGCUUCACGCGCUGAAGUACGCGCGGGCUGUGUUUCUGGAGGGGCUGCGGCUGCACCCGUCGGUGCCUGAGAACGCCAAGUUUGCCCUGCGCGCCGACGUGCUGCCCGGCGGCACGCGAGUGCCGGCCGGCGCUAUGAUCCUCUACAGCCCUUUCGCCAUCAACCGCAUGAGGGAGUUCUGGGGGCCCGAUGCGGACGAGUUCAGGCCCGAGCGGUGGGAGGAGCUGGCCCACACGCCCUCAGCCUACAGCUUCCCCAGCUUCAACGCCGGCCCCAGGAUCUGCCUGGGGCAGCGGCUGGCCGAGCUGGAGGGCGUGUACGUCCUGGCACAGCCGGAGGCGGGGGGCGCGUCCUGGGGGAAAGUCCUGCUGCUGCGCCGCUUCCGCCUGCGGCCGGCCGCGGGGCGUCCCGUGCAGUACGAGCUGAGUGUGAGCAUGCCCAUGAAAGACGGCCUCUGGGCGCACAUCGAGGAGAGGGCUGCGUGUGCUUGA